CCCGACACCGCGCCAGCAUCGCCGCGCGUCCCUCGGGCGCGGGGAGCGGGUGGCCGCGCUGACGCCGCUGCGCGCCAUGGCUGUCGCCUACCUGCUGGGCAACGGGUCCGCGCCGCUCCUCGCCGGCGCCCUGGAGGUCCCGUUCGCCGCCAACGCCUCCGCCUGCCGCCCGCCCGGGCCGCCCUGCCCGGCCUGGGGCAACGCCUCGGCGGCGCUGGGCUGGAACCGCUCCGAGCCCUGCGCCGGCGGCAAUGGCAGCGCGGGCGGCGGCGGGCCCUGCGCGCCCGCGGGCGGCGGCCCCUCCGUGGUCACCGCCAUCGCCAUCAUGGCCCUCUACUCCGUGGUCUGCGUCGUGGGGCUCUUCGGCAACUUCUUGGUCAUGUAUGUCAUCGUCAGGUACACGAAAAUGAAGACUGCCACCAACAUCUACAUUUUCAAUCUUGCAUUGGCAGAUGCCCUGGCGACAAGUACUCUGCCAUUUCAGAGUGUGAAUUAUUUGAUGGGAACAUGGCCAUUCGGUACCAUCCUCUGUAARAUUGUUAUAUCCAUAGACUACUACAAUAUGUUCACCAGUAUCUUCACGCUCUGCACMAUGAGUGUGGAUCGCUACGUGGCUGUUUGCCACCCAGUUAAGGCCCUCGAUUUCCGUACCCCCAGAAAUGCCAAAAUUGUCAAUGUGUGCAACUGGAUUCUCUCCUCUGCCAUUGGCCUGCCGGUUAUGUUCAUGGCAACUACUAAAUACAGGCACGGCUCAAUUGACUGCACACUUACGUUCUCCCACCCUGCUUGGUACUGGGAGAACCUCCUGAAAAUCUGUGUGUUCAUCUUYGCCUUCAUCAUGCCAGUGCUCAUCAUUACCGUGUGUUACGGGCUGAUGAUUUUACGCCUGAAGAGUGUUCGCAUGUUGUCCGGCUCCAAAGAGAAGGACAGGAACCUGCGGAGAAUCACAAGGAUGGUCCUUGUAGUGGUGGCAGUGUUCAUUGUCUGCUGGACUCCCAUCCACAUUUAUGUUAUCAUUAAAGCCCUGGUCAACAUCCCAGAAACUACUUUCCAGACUGUCUCCUGGCACUUCUGUAUUGCUCUAGGGUACACAAAUAGCUGCCUUAAUCCAGUCCUUUACGCGUUUCUAGAUGAGAAUUUCAAAAGGUGUUUCAGAGAGUUCUGCAUCCCCACUGCCUCAACCAUUGAGCAGCAAAACUCCACCCGAGUCCGACAAAACACUCGUGACCACGCUUCCACUGCCAACACUGUGGAUAGGACUAACCAUCAGUUGGAACUUCAAGAAGCUGAAACUACUCCACUGCCGUGACAGGGUCUCCUGCUGCAUGGCUCUCAGAGCAAUUGCACGCCACUGCACUGCCCUAGUGUGCUAGUGGGAACAUGUAGGAUAUGCUUUCCCUCAAAAAAAAAUACCACAGAGGAAAGUGCCUGCUUUUCCAGUCUGUCAAAAAUUGCUUCUGCAGCACAUCUACACUGCCCAUAACAGAAGCAUGAAAUGUAAGAGCGAGCAGAGCCAGGAGAUGUGGGGCCUUCCAGGCUCCAGUGCUCAAAGCAGUCACGUUUGCCAGGAGUGCACACRUUAGUCUAAAACAAAGCUACUCUGCCUGUAGCAGCCUGACACACUCUUGGUAAGUUACAGUGGUGUUAAAACAGGUUGGAAACAAAAAUUCAAAGGCUAGACAACUAUAGUUUGGAAAAKAAAGUGUGCUUUUGAGGAUGGAAAAUAAUGAGAUAUGAAGUCGUAACGCUGUUGGGUACACUCUAUUUACUCUUAAAAUUCAUUUGUAGAGGURCUUUCUGUGCAGGUUGUUUGCGUGCUGAAGUCUCACGAGGUCAUCUAGAAUAACRCAUUUGUAGUUCAAGAGGUCUUCUCUUACAAGGACUGCAUGUUCUGCAGUUUYAAAGGAAAAAUAUUUUUUCAGUGGUCCCUUGACAAAAAAAAAAAUUAUAAAACUCCAAGCUUCAUCCUCUACUUCUAUUUCACAUAAAAAAACUUUAAAAUCAAAACAAUGAGCUAUCACUUUUUCUAAAAGAGAUGAGUAAAUGAAAGUAUUCCACAUUGUUACUGGUUGUCAAAUGAACCCCAAAACAGCAUAUAUUAACAUAAAUUUUUUUGUGAAUAAGAAUGUAGCUAUGAGCCUGUCAGAGCUUGCACAGGCAGAUAAUGUCUUCUCUUUCAAGUAGUUUCUUAAAUUUCAUCUGCUCUGUCAGCAGCAUUUUCAUUUUGUAAGUAAAUGACAGCCUCUAUGUGUAGUACUCAGUGCAAUUAAUGCAUUAGACCUUCUUUAAAAAAGAAGUUUAAAAUGAUUUUGCUAGACAUCUAUUUUUCUUACCAAACCCACAAUAUGUUUGCUUUUCUAAUUAACACAAUACAGUCUGCAUCUGCAUUUUGUAUUAGCUGUUAAACAUUAAGAUUUCAGGAAKAAGGAUUGUACUGCAGUAAAUGCCUUCUUAGCUGUUUCUAGUAUGAAAAAUAGAAAUAUUCAUGUAGAUAAGUUGUGGUGCAAUAGUAUUUUCUAUACAUUGUUACUUGCUUUGUAAAUAAAUCAUCGUAGCUGACCAGGAGAAAAUGURCUUUGAUGAAUUUAAGUGUAUUCUGAAAUACAACUAUAUGGAACAGGGUUGGGUUUUUUUUUUUUGUCUUUUUCUUUCUGCAGCCAAAAUGUAUUUCUUAUUUUUAUUGCUAAAGUCUGUGUAACAAUAAUAUUAUAAUGUGAAAUGGUUUGUUUCUGCCAUAGACUGCAUAAUAAAGAUUGAAGACCAAAUCCUUGCAAGUUGUAAAUGAAAGAAUUAUUUCAGUUUCAUCCUAUGUUGCAACUAAAUAUGUAGCCUUUAUAUUAGCAGCCUGAAUCUAGAAAUGACAGAAGUGCCUUAAUUUUUUUCUUUUGCUGUUGAAAAUUCCACUGUGUUKUCAUAUGGACUUAGGUUUAAUUUUGUGUUAGUUUAGCUCUAUCACCUCAUAAUCAUCAUUAAUGUUUAAACCACAGGCAUCACUAUUCUAACAGGUUUUGCAUCUAAUUUUMAACAGCCUCAGAUGGGCACUUGGAAGAAGUUGAUAAAUUGUUUUGCACUACACAGCAGUAUUAUUUAAAUAACAAAACCAGCAUAGAAUACACCAGAUGUAAACACAUUAAUGUCCUAUGACAUAAUUACUACCUGAUGGGUUCAGAGUAGUCUGACAUUUUCACAUACAACAAUCUCAAAAAAWUUUWAAAAGUUGAAUGAAUAUUUAAAAARUCUUAAAUGAUAGWCAAAAAGCAUGUUUAAGUAAACUUAAGAUCACAGUUUUCUGAGUAGUCAAAAGUUCAGCUUUCAYAAAAUUCACAUAAUUAAUUGAAGCCAUUAUUUCUUCUCUACUUUGGAUGAAGCAUACAGGCAAAAUACUGUGAUCUGCCAGCAGACAGCCAAAUAUUUUUUAAGGAUAUUUUCCGCAGUCCAACAAUUGAAAAACCCCAUUGUAAAUAUGUUUAGCAGUAAUAAUGUAGCCUUGAUGGUUUAAGGAUAUGAGGAAGCAAAUUUUAUUAGCAGAGCAUUAGCAAAAAGUAAGAAAAAUGUCUUU